AUGUCAGGUGUGUUGAAAACAGCAGUUUCUGGGUCAUGCGCAGGCCACGAACUUAUUGUUGAUCCGGAUUGGGUCCAAGAGGAACAACUCAUAAUCAACAAACUAUCUGCAAAAUGCCAAGCGAACAUCGCCGCCCUCAAGAGUCAGCUCCUUGAGCACACGCCUGAGGCUCUCCAGAAGCUGGAGGAUUUCUUCGUCGAACCUUUAAUCGUGUUUGACGGCAUCCCUUACCAAUGGUUUAAUUUUACGCCUUCGAUUCAUGAUCAGCCAAACGAUCUGACAACCAUAAAGAAUAUUCUCACGGGGAUUAUCGAGCUCACCCAGGAGGGUCCUGGUAUUUCAGCUAUCAGAAUUUUCAAUACUAAGGUCCUUAAUAAGCUUGACUGGCUGCGUGAUUCUCUACUUCGUUUUCUCAACCGGCUCGCUGGCCAUGGUGGUUACAUUCAUCACCUUCCACAACCCGACAGUCAAUUUUUGCCAUCAAAAUAUGAGAGCCUAAGAAAUCAUGUGGAGCAUUGGAUUCUUCUGGGAAAAGGGUCUGAAAAUAUCCGGAGUCGUGAAUUUAGCACUCUCCAGGAACGAUUAAUUGAUGGCAUUUUGCUUCGGAAGGACCGGUUUCAACGUGCUCAAGCGCACUACAAGAAGGUCAUGGGUACCUCUACAUUGAAGGGUAAAGGCCGGGAACAGUCACGGUUCAAGUCACCUAUCCAGGCCGAAUUCACACUUGAUAUGCAUAAUGUUACAGAAUGUCCAGACAUCACCGUCAAUGACCCAUAUCGGACAUGUCCAUGCUGUUUCCAAUCAAUCCCGGAAAGAUAUGUGCAAUCUCCGUACCGAUGGAGGUGA